AUGGAUCCCAAUGAUAUUUCUUCCCCUUCUUCAUCAUCAUCUUCUUUUAAUUCUAUUGGCUCUAAUGAAUAUGAUGAUGCCGUCGAAAGUGCAGUAGUUUUAGCCAUUAACUUGGUUAGACAUGUUGUGGCCGAAAAUGAAGAUGAAGAACCACCACCGAGGGGAUUUCAUCGUAGGGUUGUUAUUGAUAGGCGAGGGGAGGAGGCCGAACGACGGUUGAUGCAAGACUAUUUUGUUGAUGCACCAACAUUCAACCCGAGGCAAUUUAGGCGUCGUUUUCGUAUGCAUAAACCUUUAUUUUUAAGGAUUACCGGUGACUUGGAAAGGAAGUAUAGGUAUUUUCAACAAAUAUAUAAUGGUGUCGGGAAGUUUGGUUUCACCGCGAUACAAAAAUGUACGUCCGCAAUACGACAACUCGCAUACGGUUUGGCUAGCGACCAACUAGACGAGCAUUUGCACAUGUCGGAAAGAACUUCAAGAGAGUCACUUCAACAUUUUUAUAUAGGUAUUUUACUAAAAACUUCAAGAGAUUUAUCAUAA